UAAAUAAAUGAAAAGGUAACUCGCACUGAAAUAAUUAGUAUCUAUAGUAAUACUAAAGUGAAAGUAACCAGAAGAGUGGUCAUGAACAGACUUCGUAGUAGGCCAGUGAGAGCAUUCACAGUAUUUUCUAGAAAGAGAGAAUGUGUUCAGUGAUGAGAAGGACGAGAGAAAUCCAGAUUAUGUGGAGAGGGAAAUGUAUAAUUCUUAUAUAAUGUUGGGAACCGGUUAAUUCACAGUGACUUACAGUGUCUUAUACUUGACUGUUUGUGUCUACUCCAUUCAUUUUCAGAACAAUAGUGUCAAUAAAGGAAUAAUUUAUCAUCAAGUCUCAUAAAAUUUUGUAUUAACGACAAUGGCGAGUUACAAAUUAGUAUACUUCAACGUAAUGGGAUUAGGAGAACCCAUCAGGUUCCUUCUUAGUUAUGGAGGCGUCGAAUUCGAGGAUGUUCGCAUAACUCAUUCUUCGGAAGAUUGGAGCAAUAUGAAGCCAACGACCCCGUUCGGUCAGCUGCCCACGUUGGAAAUCAACGGCAAAGUUUACUCGCAAACAUUACCUAUUUGCCGUUACCUGGCCAAACAGUUUAAUCUGCUUGGCAAAACUGAUUUGGAUACGUUGCAGAUCGACGCGAUCGCGAGCGCUCUUUACGAUUUCAGAUGGCUGACAAUAUCGUCUUAUUAUAGAGAAUCCGAUCCUGUUUUAAAAGCGAAGAAGAAAGUCGAUGUAAUGACAAGGGUGAUACCGUUUUACUUGAAUAAAUUGGAGGAAUUGGCGAAGAACAAUGGAGGAUAUUUGCAUGGUGAUAAGUUGAGUUAUGCUGAUCUGUUUUUCGUCGGCAUCUCAGAUUCGCUGAAUACGGCUUAUGAAUCGGAUAUCACGAACAACAAGCCCUAUCUAAAAUCUUUGAAGCAGAAAGUAUUGGCGAUUCCGAAUAUCAAAGCUUGGGUGGAAAAAAGACCGAAAUUGGAAUUUUAAUAAUCGAUACAUAUUUUUUACGAUGUAAAAAGUAUGCAUUUGUAUAUUGUAUAAAUAUAACGAAAGCUCAAAUUCAAAUAUUA